CAAUGGUCUCCUUUUGUCCAUGCGGACUUUUCGGCUCGCCGGGUUCACCCCACAGCUUAUGCGUGUGUGCCUGCCCCGGGAGCCCUACACUCUUCUCGAUUCUUCUUGAACCCUCAGCGAGGUCUUGGGCCUUGUUUUCCAGCCAGCUGGAAUAUCACCCCGAACUCGAGCGCCCUACUGCGGGACCUGCCUCCUCUGGUCUGGAGCCCCCCCUCCCACCCAGCAAGGGAGAAACCCAUGCUGUCUGCACGCAACUCCAUGAUGUUCGCAUGUGUCAGCCCCGUGAGGAUCCCUCGUCUAAGACUCAAGUUUCCCCUCCAACUGCGUUCGCUACAAGUGCCGGGGAACAGGUCUUGGAAUUCCGUCCCGAUCCUGAAGACGGAGGUGAGGGCAGAAGAAGAGCCGGAAGAACCAGUGGAGGUGGACGAUCAGGACCGUGGAGUGCCCAGCGCACACAGCCCUGCAGGAGGCGUCCUUCCCUUUGGCAAGCCUGACUCAGCUCCAGCAGUGCUCCCUGGCCCAGUUCCCAGCUGCUCCCAUUGGCCAGAGAAGGCGGCCUCUGAAGCGCUGGAGAAAGACCACCUGCCCGGCUCCUCUGGCUUGCAGAUGUAGGGGAAGGAGGCCCAGCGCAAGGAUCCUGCAGCUCUUGUAGUAAGCAGCUCUUCUCCACCCAGAGCUGCCAGCCACAGUUCCCGACAAUCAAAACGGUCAGGGCAACCCCAGCAGCUGCCACUGGUUUCUCCCCAGCAAUGGAGGUGGGGGAGAGACGAGGGGCCCUCACCGCUAAACGUCCCCGCCUAUCCCUGGAAGGAUUCACGGACAACAUGGGGGCAUUAGGUAGAACAUCACAAUCCAGGAGACUGAAAAAGUGACAUGGGAGGAUAAAGAAGA